ACCGUCGUCCUUCACCGAGCCCUACGUCCAUCUCGACUACUUGACCUCCCUACAUCGGGACGAGCGCGUGUGCUUUGUUGCCGUUGUCGUCGCCACGCACGCAUUCUCUCCAACAGCAGGGACACGCGAGUGCAUACCACCCAGGACAUCAUCCCUCACGACGAGACGGGCGACAACCUACGCUCAGACUCGGUGGCGGGGAGUCUCCGCCCUCAAGCCCAAAUUACUGUAACUGUGAGCCCACGUCGCCACCAACCCUCAAGCCUGGCGACUGUGAGUCUGCUCUCCUCAUCAACAUCCGCUCUCUACCAUGAGCACCCCGUAUGUGUCCACUAUCACGCCGUCGAAGGCCUACCUCGCCCAUCCGCUCAACGCAUACGCGCACCUCAGCAUUCCGAAGCCGUUCGUGCACUUGGCUAGGCCACCUCUCGACGUCGCGCUCGGUUCCCGUACUUCAGGCAACAUCGGCCGCCUCGUUUGCAGUAGGUACCGCACAAACGCGAUCCUCUGA